AGCUAAAAAUGUGAAUUGGGCUUUUUGAGUCGUCAAGCGCCUCCUAUAGGAAGAGCUAGUAACUUUAGCAGGCAAUGCGGCGAAAGCGUCGCGUACUGAAGCGCAAGUACAGGCGCUUUUUCUCACCAUUCAUCAGCCUCAGCGGUUGGAUGCGCGGCCGGAGAGUCACAUCAAAGAGGAGAUUCCAGCUGAAAUAAACAUGAAAUAACGACAGAAGAGGAAUUUAUAUCAAACGCGGCAUAGUGUUUCCUGAUCUGGGUCAGUUACGGUUUUUUCGUUGCGGAGUUCUGCUUUUAUACCUCGAAUAACUGGAUUAAUUUUAAUUAUGAGUUUAAUAUUGCUUGCUACGUUUUCGCGAAGGAGUGAUUAGACAAUAGUGACCAGAUCUCUCGCGUCAGACCACUUUAAACGACAGGAAUAUGGCAAAAAAUAUUGUAGACGUCCCAAUGGAUGAUUUAAGUAAGAUAUCGGAUGAAGAACUGCUUAAAUGUAGCAAAGAGGAGCUGCUUAGGAGACUCCGAAAAGUGGAUAGUGAAAAGAUCAACUUGAUGGUGGAACACGGGAACAUGAUGAAGGACGUCAAUCGGAGAUUACAAGUGCAUCUCCACGAAAUACGGAGCUUGAAGGAGGUCAACCAGAAACUGCAAGAAGACAACCAGGAGCUUAGAGAACUGUGCUGUUUCUUGGAUGAUGAUCGGCAGAAAGGGAAGAAGCUGUCCAGGGAAUGGCAGAGAUUUGGCAGGUACACUGCCAGUGUUGUGUGGAAGGAGGUUGGUAUAUUCCAACAAAAACUGAAAGACCUAGAAACCAACCAAGAGAGUAUGAUGAGAGAGAAUGUGGAGCUAAAGGAGAUCAUCUUCAUGUUGGAUGAUGAGAGGAAUGGAGCCGGAUCCAGGAGCUCCAUAGACAGCCAAUCCAGUCUGACCAAUCUGAACGGAGGUUCUGCUACUGUGAGGGAUGUUGGAGAUGGGAGCAGUACCUCCAGCACGGGCAGUGCUGGAAGCCCUGAUCACCACCACAGCCAUAUUCACAAACCUUCAGAGGGAAAGAUCAUGUCUAUCAGGAGGUCUAUGGAUGAUCUAUCAACCAACCAUAUUCUCAGAAGCAUACCAAAUGGGCUCAACGAUUCAUCUUCAAACUACAUCCGCCAACUUGAGACUAAAGUCCGGAUUUUAGAGGAUGACAACAAGCAAUUGUUAUCCCAGGGGUCUACGCGGAUGCCAGGAGGUGAUCUGCUGCCCCCCGUCACCGGAUACCUGCCGGCAGCACAGAAACCAGAAGCUGUUGUACAUGCCAUGAAAGUAUUAGAAGUCCACGAGAACCUAGACAGGAAGCUCCCAGAGGACUACGAGGAGGAUCUCAGUGAGAAAGAGAAAGCCAUUGUCAGAGAGAUGUGUAAUGUUGUGUGGCGUAAGCUCGGGGAUGCGGCAGGAUCCAAACCCUCCAUCCGCCAACAUCUCUCUGGGAACCAGUUCAAAGGCCCUUUGUAGCUCCUAUGUCAAUGACCAGCAGGGCCUUGAACAAACAAACAAAUCUGUGAAUAUGACGGGAGGAACAGACAGACUCAGAACUGGGCAACUUUGUAAAAUGACACAAAGAACUUCGCUUCUACUGCCAGCUUCUUUCAGCCCAUGGCAUUCAGUUGAGACAUUUCAAACCUAUUACCUACAACGCCAGGUGGUAGUUUAAUAUAUAAUGGACUCGCAGUUAGCACAAGCUAAAUCAUAGCUCUAUUUAUGUGCACACCAUCCAAGUAUUCAUACAAGGCAACUUAAUGGAUUCAUUUCUCAUUGCAGAUAGGGAAUGAAAGCACACAGCUCUUACGCAGAUAAAUACCCCACGGAGAUACUCCUACAAGAUCCUUUCCACUCCUAAAAGCUUUUUGAUUUUGGCAUAAUACC